AUGAGCAAAAGUUUCUCCAAAAUUUCUAUUGGUUCCACACAUUCCAGUGCGGAAGGCACUCAAGUCGAAGUAGAGCAGAUAUUUCCCAAGAAGCUGGCUGAAUUCAAAGUAGGUCCCAUAUACGAUGAUAUGGGAUUUACGCUUAACGAGAGAUUAGCAUUAAGGCAGGCUUGGAGAGUCAUUAAGCCUUUUGAGCGACGCUAUGGAAAAGAGAUAUACUUCGCUUUUUUAAUGGAACACUACAAGUCAUUUGAAAAUUUUCGACGGUCGGGACGACUUGACCUGCACAGUUUGCAUAGUCAUUCGUUGUCCUUUAUGCGCUUCAUAAGUGCGGUUAUUGAGCAGAAAGAUCCUGUUGCGUUCCAUGCAAUGCUAAGUGACAUGUACUCACUGCACUGUCGGGCUAAUGUCAAUCCCGACUAUAUGGAGAUCAUUGUAAAAGCUCUAAUUAGUUACAUUCUCGAUAAGCUUAAAGAUGUUUGCUCAGCUUCUUUGGAGAGUGGCUUUCAGAGGCUUUUCGACAAGUUCCAUGCCUUCUAUGACGAGGAAACGAAUAAAGGAUUAAGUUUUGUAUUUAGGCGAAGCGAAAGCCAGGAAAAUUAUCGGGAAAGCGCCGAUACCGCUAAAUCUCAGUGA